AUGAUAUUAUACUUUAUAGUAAGAAAAUAACAAAAAUAAAUACCUAAGACUCAACUUGAUAGUUCAACUCAUAUAGAAAUUACUUAAUUGGAAUAAAAACCAUAAAAAAGUUAUUAGAGAAUGAUCAAAAAGCAAUUGAAAAUAAACAUACCCAAUAGCUCAUUUGACCCUUGA